GUGCCUGGAUGGACACUAGACCAAGAAAAGGAAACAGUCCGAGACGAUUGCAUUCAUUGCCUUUCUAAAAGCUUUACCUAAGUUAAAAGAUGUGGGAAGUGUGCUCCUGGACAUUUUCCCGUGACAUUUUUGCUGAAUUUUUAGGCACCCUAGUUUUUGUCUUCUUCGGACUAGGGAGCGCUCUGAAGUGGUCAGAUACCCCCAUGGACAUUGUAGCAGUCUCACUAGCCUUUGGGCUAGGCAUAGCUACACUAGUCAAGUGCGUUGGUCACAUUAGUGGGGGCCACUUAAACCCGGCUGUGACUUUCGCGUUUUUGCUCGGGUGUCAAGUGUCGUUUUUGCGAGCGAUGCUUUAUAUGGCUGCCCAGGUGCUUGGAGCAGUGGCUGGGGCUGCUCUGCUGUACGGGAUCACUCCGUCUACAGUCAGAGGUAACCUCGGCAUUAAUUCGCUUCAUGCAGAUUUGAGUACUGGGGCUGCAACUGCACUGGAGAUCGUUCUCACUUUCCAGCUUGUACUUUGCAUCCUCUCAGCAACAGAUGAAAGGAAAGAACCAUGUUUUGGGUGUCCCGCUUUGUCCAUUGGGCUGUCUGUGACUUUAGGUCAUAUUGUUGGGAUUCCUUUCACUGGUACCUCCAUGAACCCUGCUCGAUCCUUUGGUCCCGCAGUGAUUGUUGGAAAAUUCACUGAUCAUUGGGUGUUCUGGGUAGGCCCAUUGGCAGGUGCCACAAUAGCUACUCUGCUGUACAACUAUGUCCUCUUCCCAAGAAAAAUGGAUCGAUCUGAGAGACUUGCAGUGCUUAAGGGGAUCCAGCGACCAGAGCCAGAGGAUACAUGGCAGGAGAAUGCUAAACAGACAGUAGAACUUCGCUCACAUUCCAUUUCAAAAUCCUGUGCUGAAGUCUAAUGCUUGUUGAUAUGAAACAAGACUUCUGCUCAGUUACAAAGAGAAGCUGGAUAUAUCAUGUACUAUGGGACAGUUUCCAAAGCUGCAAUAUCUGCAUAUAUCUCAGUUGUGACAAUUUCUGUCUUAGAACAGUUCUUUGAGAUAUUAUGCCCUUGUGACUGUAGUUAGCUGUUUGAAAACGUCUUAAGUGCAUGUUGCUAUAUAUAUUUCUCACAUUCCAAAGACAUGCUGUAGGUGAAUUGGCAAUCCUCCAAUGGGCUGUAGAUGUGUGUGUCGCAUGUAACCAAGUUUGUGUGUGUGUGUGUGUGUGUCCUGAAAUGGGCUGGCACCCCAAAUGUGUAAGUGUUUGUAUCAUUGCAUGUAUAAAUGAAUGAACGAAUAUUUUUGUACAGUACAAUUUUCCUAUUUUUAUGCACUAAAAUACUGUAUAUUGCUAUACAGUAUUAUUGUUACCUAUACAUUCUGCCAUUUAUACCAGGAAGAGAUGGAAUUGUUCACUUUACUUACUUUAAUUUGCUAGGUAUAAAAAAAAAAAAACAAGGAAACCCUCUAGCAAAAUGAUCUUUGGGAAUGUGAUAGAGUGCAUGAUGUACUGUAUGUGAUAAAAAAGAAAAUGAAACUGUUUCUCCUUUCUUUGGGUGAAGUACUAAGAAGUUUAUAGACAACCUUUAACAAUGCUUAAGUGCUAAGUUCAGGGGCAACAUAAACAGGAGUCAUAAUAGACUGAAAUUGCAUAAAUAACUAAACUAGUAUCUAAGCAGCAUUUUGAUAUGAUUGGAUUUCUACAAGGACUUCUGAAAUAGUAUAUCCUAAACACUGUAGCCAAAAUUAUUCACCUUGCGUCACGGUGAUAGCAUGCCAUAGGGCAUGCUAUCACUGCACUGGGUUAGUGCACUAUUACAAAAAUUCUACUGAAAGGGGUAGGAGGCAAUGUUUGUGUUGUAGAAUUACUUGUAAUUUCAUAUUUGUCUGUAGCAGAGUUGCCAUCAGUUUUUUGUAGGCUAUUAAAAAGAUCUUCCACAAUGUGCAAUAUUGAUUAUAUAUAAAGUGCAAUGUAUAUACACAGCAUAGGAUUUCUCUGAUUUCAGUACUUUCUACUUUCUAAUGCGUAUAGUGAACAGUCAAGCUAAAAACAUCUACUUUUGCUUCACUCAGUUUCAAAUAUAUAGCCAAGCCUUUACAUCCAGAUGCCUAUGCCUUCAUGCCGAGAAGAUUUAUAACAUCUAACCAAGAAGAAGCAAUGUAGUAGUUACAUAGCUGUCAAUGGGAUGAAUUCUCAGAUAAUAUUGCUAAUGUUUUAAAUUAAUUUUGGUAUAAAAUCAAGUCAUUCAUGAACUAAUAAUAACAAUGUGUUUAGUAGUAUUGAAAUGGAAGAUUAAAGAGCCCAUGUGAAUUAUUUAAUUCACGAUUCCUUCCAUGUGAAAUUGUACAUAACAUAAAGACAUGUUUCUCCUUUGGAAAAAAAGCAAUAAUGCGUAAACAGAAAAGUCCAUUUAUGUGUAUAGUAUUUUGGAGAAAAUAUCUCUAAAGGAGGUGUGUAAUAAGGAAAUAUCCCAAAUACUGGGGAUUUGCAAAAUGUUUAUUGCUGAAAAAUGCUAUUUUUACCUUUUCAUUUGUAACAAAACAGACUAAAUACAACCUGUGUAACCAUAUUGUAUCUUGCUUCAUCUAAAUGUACAAUAACCUGAGUCUGCUACCCAUGCUUUUCCAACGCUUUGUAUACAGACAUAUACUGUAAAUGUAAUUUCCUAUAUCCCUUGCUGCUUUUUGUGUAAAUGGGUAAUAUUGAACCAUUUAAUAUAUGUUAAAGUAAAAUACUUUAGCUGAAUAUUUUCAGUUUUCCAAGAUGGAAACAGCUUCAUGUUUACAAGGAUGAAAAGGAUCUAUAAUGUGAAAAAAGAUUAUAAAAUCUCAUUUCAAAGGGAGUUGCUUGUUACUAUGCAACAGUUUGACUGAGAUGUUUCAGCUGAAGGGAUCUUUAAUAAUAAUUAUGUUGUAAUAAUUUUGUAAGUAUAAUUAAUAUAAUUAAUUAAUUAGUUAAUUAAUUAAUUAACUUUCUACUAAUGGACAUUUGUUUUGAUUUAAAACUGUGUUCCAGUUAUGUUCUAUGUAUAAUAAGUUCAGACUUGAUAAAUGAUCACUGGAGAUGUAAAAACA